CUCGAUCGAGAAGCACCACUUCGUUUCCUCCUUUCCCCCGUUCUUUCUUCCGUUGCACGACAAUCGGCUCAUGCUGAUUGGCAGAAUGAACGCACUCUGACGUCGCUGUGGCACCUUUUCCUGUGUUUCCGGUUCUUCUUUUGUUCUUAGAUCCGUAGUGGAACAUGGUGUUCGAAGUGGACCUGAGACUCAUUUAGGUGGUCCUCAGAGCUUAGGUGAAGAGCUCAGUGAAGGUUUCUUCAGAUCUUGGUGGAGACGGAUCUGAAGAUCCGGUGACUUAUUAAGUGUAUCGAACGAUGAAGUAGGACAUGUAAAUUGUUGUUGAUUAAGUGAAUAGACUAUUAUUUUUCUGAACGGUGAACGACGAAAUCGCAAGCAUGAAACAGGUAGAGAAUUACUCAAAGUCAAAGUACGUGCCACGAUCCUUUUCUGACACCAAGGAUUCGCCUGAUUCGUACUGGAAGUACGCACAGAGGAGGAGUCAGUCGUUUCCUGUUGGAAGAAGGAAUCCGGAAGCGGUAAGCUACUAUUCCUCUUCGACUACUUACAAACCGAGGAGUCACGCGUGUUCCAGUCCGACGUACUCGAAGUGCGCCUCGAUUCACGCUCCUGAAGCGAUCCAUCAUCAAGGUCACUGCAAACCUAACAGGGAUAAGCAUUAUACCACGUUCUCGCCGGGGAGGAAGAGGUAUGAUGAGGAGGUGGAGAAUAAUGAGAAAUUGAAGUAUAUUCAUGAGGAGUCGGAGAACUUUACGGACAAUGCUGAGGAGGACGCUGAUGAGGAAGCAGAGGAAGAACACGAAGAGGCAGGUGAAUUCUUAGAUAAGGAUUACGAAGGUCAGGAGGGGGACGACGAAACGGAAGAAGAAUUUCUAACUUCCCAGCAGCUGCACAGAGGUCAAGGUGUAAGUAAAAAGGACGCGUUGAAGCAACAAAGAUGGAGAACAGUCGAGCAGGAUCCACGAAGAUUUCGCUGCCAGCAACAUGUGGAUUUAGCUUUCGCUGGACACCCGUCAUCUCCCAGGUAUUACCAUAACAUGGCUGAGCACGAGGUACCCGAGCCCUUAUCAGAUGAAGACUUCGUCCUAACCUCCCUGAAGAGUCCAACGAGACGAUCGCCUAUCGACUAUCAUCGAUGGUCCAAACCUGAUCGAUACGAUGACGAUGCGUUACCGGUUCAGUCGCCUCGUCGUGCUCGCACGAAACCGGAGAUUGAUCUAAUAGACCCAGAGAUCAGAAGAUCUAGGAGAUGCAAUCGCUGUGGAAGUGUGGCCAACCGGAAGGACGAGUUGCCGAAGGAUGGCUACCGAUUUGAUGAUCGGAAUCCUACCAAAGGACCUAUCGGUAAAUUAGAAGGCGACGAGGCGGAAAGUCACGAGCCAGGUUGCAGCCUGCGUCACAACCCGAAGGACUUCGACCUCUCCCUCUACUCAAAACCGCGUAAACCGCGGGACACGAAGUCGCCGAUGGCCUACGAGGUUCCCGAGCACAUGGACAAGUUCUGCGACUACUCUCGCAGAUACCAGCGAAAAGAGAGCUACCCUGAGAAGAUGAAGUGCAUGCUGCACGGAACCGCGCGAGUACCCCCUCGCUACGUCGAGCAAUAAACACUGAAGAUUCCGGUGGCAGUAAAUUUUCGUCCUCGUUUCGUGUCGUCUUCGAAUUAGCCAGCCCCGAGAGACUUCUAAAAUUCAAGAUGUGAUUUCGCUGUUGAUCGUUUCCCUCCUACCGGUUCUGUAAUAUAUAUUUUUGUAACUGUCCUCGAGCCGUGUAGACGUCACGCUGGUAGAACAGAUUGUACAUAAAAAAUGAUUUAGAACCUGUCCCUUCGCUUCUCGUCUUCGAUGUGACGAUCGUCGAUUCUAAGGAACUGUUAACCCGCACCAAAUUGUAUAUAAGUGAUCACACUGGAUAUGAUUCUGCGCACA